CGAAGAAGGGGUGGAUAUCGGUCGGGCGAGUUGGCAGAGGCCGAGAUCAAACACUAUGCCCAUACAUAUGGGUCGGUGAUCCUGAAGUCGCCCUUCAGAAAGUUGAUAGAGGAGAUCGACUAUGAAGUGUCCCGGGCUCACAAUCAGAGCAUUGCGACAACCCCGGGGGCGACGCCGUUCUCUAAAAGGCAUUGCUGGUACCAAGAGGCAGUCGAUGCCCUCCAGGAGGCCGCUGAGACGUACAUCAGCGCCCUCUUCUCAGACUCCAUCAUGCAACAUUGGCAUGCAAAGCGUCUGACUCUGAACAAGGAUGACGUG